AAUCAUCAUAUUGACUUUUAUUUGCAUCAUCAUUCGAACAUAAUGUGUUAGUUUCAAAGUAGUUGCUAUUAAAAGACUCAUGAAAUACGACCCUUGACAUACCUAGGAUUUUAUUACUUCAACUGCAAUACUACUAAAUAUUGCACAUCAAGGACUCGUGUUAUUCUCUAUCAUAGGAAGAGGACAUAAUCUUUUGGAGGAAAGCAUCAAAUGUAAGGUUCUCAACUCGGUCAGCAUACUCGAUGAGCACCCCCAUCUUGGACGUCGAUAACCUCUCCUUUUUAUCAGCUCAUCUGGAAGUUGAAAGUCUUGGAAAGAGUCAAAGUGAUCUCCAUUUGGAUUGCAACCAAGAACAUCCUACCGAGCAACAUAAAUAAGAAGUUUCUCCAAUUUACAAACAAUGAUAGCUUCCCCCAAUGUCAAGGUGAGCCAGGAACCAAUUCAUAUGUUAAAAUAUCUUCUCCCAAGAUCGUGAUGGACGCGAAGAAAUAUUAGCAACACAUCCAUGAGUACCUAGCGCGGUUAAUGGUGCAACUUCUUCAGUAUUGUUUGUUGGUUCAUUAGGAAUAACAAGAAUAAUAAAGUGUUUAGAGUAACUAGGCUUUACAAUCCUUCCCACAUGAACUUUAUUGUUCAUAAGUUAGGAUUGGAUUACAACUUGGAACUCAGCCACGAAGUUGACCUCAGAUACUCAAACCGCUCAAAGUAUGGAUGCAGUAGUAAGCUUCAACAAGACUAGCAUGACAAGUGAUCUGGAACAAGACUAGGCAAAGCAAGCUACAAUACUCCAGGACCCAUGACAGUUCCCAAGAGAGGCACCUAGGUGGUUGAAGGAGCAACGACUACCAUGAAGAAUAGGGUAGCAGUUCUUUGUAGCACUUAUCAGGUAGACAGUUCUCCAUGGUAGAUACCAUCCCUUGCCUAUAAAUAAGAGGAAAGGUCGAUAGAUACAAGGGUUGUCAAAACCAAACAAUUGACGCAUAUGUCAAGUUUUAUAUUUUGUCUAUAAAUGUAGCCAUAGUUGUAGUCAGGAGCACUCGCUGAACUUCCAUAAGAGUAGAAGUAAUUUAACUUAUGUCCUGUUUAGUAUAGUUUUCACUUUGUUGUGCUUUAAGAAGGUUAGAGAAGCAACCACAACCCCAAGCACAAUACAAAGUAACAAUGUGGUUAUCUCCUAAAAUGUAAACUCAUGAACUGAAAACCAAAAUAAAACAUUGGUUGAGGGAGAUCUUGAAAUCUUUGCUUGUUGGAUAUGGGUCAUGGAUUUGGUACCCAUAUCCCAAGCUUGAUGGAUUUAACAUAAGUCCAUUGUUUGUUGAAGGGUGCUAAAUCCGUGGGGUCCACGGAUUUGUUCUUUAUUUUGGAACCAAAUCCGUGUACCCCACGGACUUGUAAAUCCCACAUAUUGAUUUGGAAUUUGCAAAUCCUUGAUGGUUAGUUAUUUAUUUAACAAAUCCAUCACAAAUCAUCAUCAAAUCUAUCAUGCAAACAUUAGACUCUUCAAAUCCAUAAUUCAAUAAAUCCAACAUAAAUCCCAAGGUUUUUAUUGGCCAAAACCCUCAUUUUUCAAAUCCAACAAGCAAACGACCCCCUAGAACUCAGGGAGCAUUUUUUUUUUGCUUUUAUUGGUUUUCCCUCCUGAAAAAAUUUCAAAAUCAAGGUUUUUCGUAUCCUGUUGGGGAAUUGUUUUGAUUUGGUGGUCAGGGAGGCAUGGUAGUUUGUAGGAAUUGAGCAAGACUCGACGAAGUUCACGCCUCCAAACACUAGGUUCUAGCAAGGAAGCUCUUGCAACAGCUGGAGCUCUCAAACCAUAUUCCAAUCUUCGAUGUUUUCACGUGAUAGUGAUUGCGGGAGCAAUUGAAAGCGUAGAGUGUUGCUUGCUUGAAUCUGGCGGUGGUGCUCGUCGAUUUUCAGCGAUCCUGUUGAUUGAGGAUCGUCGGAAGCAGUGAGCAAGUGAGAUUUGUUCGCCGAAAGUAGAGGACCAACGAAGAAGAGACUAGAAUGAUUGUUUGAGGGUUCGUGAGAUUAAUGAAUGGCGGUGGAAUUGGUGGAGGAGGAAGAGAAAGAAGGGGAAGAUAGAUACAGAUCUGGUGAGGGAGAGGGGGGAACAUGAUAGAUCUGUCAAAGAAGAAGGGUGAAUUUUCAAACGGAAAAAGGGUUCGAGCAAGGGAAACGCAUGCAAAGCAGUAUUCUUUUUAUCUGAUUUGGGCGAAUCCGUUUCACAACAAAAAUUAAAAACUCAACUAAGCUCUUUUUGUUUCUUCUUCGUUUCUACAAUUGUUAAGAACACAACAGAAAACAAAAACAAGCAACAAUAGUAAACAUGUCUUUGUAAUGUCUGCAUCAAAUUUUUAUCAUUUUUCUUUACAAGUAAUCAUAGUCGUAGUCUGGAGCUCUCACUGAACCUCCAUAAGAAUAUAAGUAAUUUAAUUUAGUUUUCAUUCCAAAAAGCACAUCAAAUCAAGCAUCCUCGCUCAAUUUUUAUUUGAAUAAAUGUGGCCUAUCUUAGUAAUUGUUAUCCAAAACAAUCAAGUUACAUUCAAUUCAAUUCAACACGAGUUUUCACGAGUUAAACUUGCCAAACUAAUGGUUGAGGGGCAUCGACACGACAACCAUUCAUUUAGUAAAAGAGUAAAGCUACUCACAAUCUCAAUAGUAAGUUGUUGCAUACUAAACAACCAAGCUUUGAUGAUUUCUUAGAAGGGUAGAUCUAAAAUUAGGAGAGAGAAAAAAAAAAAAGAAUCUCCACACCCUUUAAAACUCAGAAAACGUAAGUGGCCAGCAAAGAGGCUAACAUGGCACCGCCAAAAUCCAAAGUAAACAACGAAAAUUAAACCCAAAAAAAAAAAAAAAUCACAAAUCUAAGAUCUGGGAAUGGCCGAAUGCUUAAUUGAAAGUUUGGUCACUCGAAUUGCUAUAAAUUUUCACGUUUGCCACUCAAAUUAAUUUAUUUCAUUUAUAGUCACUCGAAUUAGUUGAACAGUUCAAGUUCGGUCACUCUCCGUUAACCUCCGUUAACUUUGACUGACGUGGCGAUCAACUCUGACAGUUGACCGUUAAAUAUGUGACGUGGCAAAUAAAAAAUAAUUAAAAAUAAAAAAUAAAUUUUUAGAAAUUACACAUCAUUAUAAAAAAAAUUAUAAUUAUAAAAAAUGAAAAUUGAGGGAACUUCUCACAGCCGCGAAGACGCAGACCUCUCCGACUCCGACGACUACCACUCCGAAACAGAGGAUCGCGACGAAGAAGAAGAAGAGUACGAGGAUGUUCACUACGACGCCGUCGAGCUCCAGGAGACGCCUCAAACGACUUCUUCGAACCGGACGAUCGACGAAAUCGACACCAAAUUGAAAUCUCUGAAGCUCAAAUACGGCGACGUCUCUCAGGGAAGUGGCGAGCGUUGCGUCAAGCUCUACCUCCACUUAGGCGGAAACAGUCCCAAGGCGAAGUGGAUCGUCUCCGAGAAGUCGGCUCCGUACGCCUUCGUGAAGAGCGGCGGCGGAGGGGAGGACGAUGAGGACGAAGGAGGAUCUUCCAGCGGUGGAGGUAAGAACAAUUCGUUCUGGAUUCUCCGGGUCGGUGCGAAAGUUAGGGCUAGGGUUUCGACGGAAAUGCAAUUGAAGAUGUUUGUGGAUCAGAGGAGGGUCGAUUUCGUCGAUAGCGGUGUCUGGGCGUUACGAUUCUCGGCGGACGAGGAGUUCAGGAGAUUCGUUAACGAGUAUCACGAUUGCUUGUUCGAGAAUGUGUACGGGCUUAAGGCGACCGAGGAGAAUAAGGUGAAGGUGUACGUGAAGGAAUUCAUCAGGUGGGCGAAACCGGAAACCGCCGACAAUUCGAUGUGGGAGGAUGCGGAAGCCGGAGAGGAGAAGUUCACGCCGUUGCGUGCGAAUCAAGAUUUGAUGGAGGAAUUCGAGGAGGCAGCUAACGGUGGCGUCCAUAGCUUGACUCUAGGUGCUCUUGACAAUAGUUUCCUUGUCAACGAUCUGGGUGUUCAGGUUUACAGGAACAAUCAGAAGGGCAUUCAUGGCAAGGGCAUUUGUGUGAUAAUUUCUUUUUUUCAUUUUUUAUAAUUAUAAUUUUUUUUUAUAAUGAUGUGUAAUUUCUAAAAAUUUAUUUUUUAAUUAUUUUUUAUUUGCCACGUCACACAUUUAACGGUCAACUGUCAGAGUUGACCGUCACGUCAGUCAAAGUUAACGGAGGUUAAUGGAGAGUGACCGAACUUGAAUUGUUCAAUUAAUUCGAGUGACUAUAAAUGGAAUAAAUUAAUUUGAGUGGCAAACGUGAAAUUUUAUAGCAAUUCGAGUGACCAAACUUGCAAUUAAGCCGCCGAAUUUUGGUACUUAACACCGACCGAGCAGAAACACAUUUAAUUCGCAGAUCCAGCCCAACUUGUCAAUUGAGGCCACUAAACGAAAACAUGGUGGGUCCCGCCCAUGUGGAACACAAAGGCCCAGCAGCAAAACCGCACCGACAACCACAAAGAUUGGAUCUCCGAUCUGGUGACUAAUACCGUUUCGCGCCGUUUCGAAACGCAGCGUAGUCGGUCGCUAGUUGAACUUAGGGAUGGCAAUGGGUCGGGUUGGGGUGGGUUUUGUCAAACCCAAACCCAAACCCAUGGGUUUAUCCGUAAAAAAAAUCCGGGGUAAAACCCGCUGGGUUUGAAAAACUCAAACCCAACCCAACCCGCUGGGUAUCCGCGGGUUCAUGGGUACCCGUGAGUUUUUGUGGUAAAAAAUUUACAAUAACAAGUUUCUUUCAAAAUUAAAGUUUAAUAUUAAU